AUGAUUUUUAUUUAUUAUCUAUUUGUGGCCGCACUGGGUCUUCAGUGCUGCGCGGGCUUUUCUCUAGUUGUGGCCAGCGGCGGCUGUUCUCUGGAUGCAGUGCUUGAGCUUCUCGUUGAGGUGGCAUCUCUUGUUGCAGAGCGCAGGCUCUGGAGUGUGGGCCUCGGUAGCUGUGGCGCUCGGCCUCAGUUGCUCCGCAGCAGGUGGGAUCUUCCCAGACAAGGGAUCGAACCCAUGUCUCCUGCAUUGGCAGUGAAUUCUUUACCACUGAGUCACCAGGGAAGCCCUAACUUCUUUCUUUUUACUGAGGUAUGA